AUGCUAGUUCGCGGUGCUUACAUGCAAAUAGAAAAUGCUGCAUGGAAAAGUGCUGCUCUUCGCAAACAACUACAGAUUGUAGCAUUAAAACAGAUUGAUUCAGAAUGCAAUGGGUUGUGUUUGACAAAACAACCAAGCUGUUUGAGAUCCCCCAAUAAGGACAAAUUGCUGGACUUUUCACUUGAAAAAUUUGAGAAGGAGCUGGAGAAAAGGGCACCAUUCACCCAUGCUAUCUUAGAAACAGCAUGUGUUAACAGAAGGAACCACAAUAUAAGGGGCGAAUGGGUCCCGUGGUAUGACAGCAGCAGUUCUCUUGAGAAACCGAUCUUCUCAUAG